CGUAGACUGAGAUCUCGGUUCACCUUAUAGCCUAAGCCCUUGGCGGUGCAAUGUGGUUCCGUUGGAGGUGUCACGGAGGGAUUAAUCUUGGUCAGAUACUAGUCGACCGAAAUGCCAGGGCGCCUGUCCUCUCUCGAGCUCUAUAUAUAAAGGCACCCUGUAGUUCACUGACCUUCCUUUACACCGACAUUAUUAGACAGGCGUUAUCAUGGGCAACAAUCACUCCUCUCCUGUGGUUCCCCAUCAAUCUCGCGAACAGCGUAUCGGCAUCAACACCAAUCACAAUCAUUCCGCCCCUGUAUCUCGCAUCAAUUUGAGAUGCCACAAAUCGCAGGCUUCACUGAGGAAAUCAAUAUCCUCCCAUGACACAAUUUCGAGCGAGAAACCUGCGGCAUCGCCCCAUAAUUAUCAUCCGAACGUCACUCAUAUAUCCCCGACACUGACAACGUACACGCCCUUGACGCCCUCCAUCUCGCGACAAGAUGCUGAGGCACGCGCAUAUAAUGCAUUUCUCAAAUCAUUCCCGGAAUACCAGAACACCUGGAUACUUGACACUCUCCGAAGAACAGAUUUCGCCAGAUUGGAUCGAACCGGCGAAACAUAUGUAGAUUACAUGGGUGGGGCACAACACCCCGAGAGCCUUGUUCGCGUUCACAGCGCAUUCCUAACCGAAGCCGUCAUGGGAAACACACAUUCGGUCAGUAAUAGCUCCAAAUUGUCAUCACAGCGCGCUGACGAGGCGCGGGAUGCGGUUCUUUCAUUCUUUCGAGCACCACCAGGGUACACCGUCGUAUUUACAGCAAACGCAACAGCUGCAUUAAAGCUUGUUGGGGAGGCGUAUCCCUUCAGAACCAAUAAUGGCUAUAUCCUCGGUGCCGACUCUCAUAAUAGCGUCCAUGGAAUCCGAGAGUACGCUUCACGUCGCGGAGCUGAAGUCCACUACAUACCAUCAACUAGUACUGGAGGUUUCGUUCUAUCUACUGCCAAGGAUAUCUUGAGUCAGCACAGACCACAAAACGGUUCCUCGCUUUUUGCCCUGACGGGCCUUUCCAAUAUUUCUAACGCAAAAAAUUCACUCUCAAUCAUCGAAUUCGCAUCUUCACUCGGAUACCACACACUUCUUGAUGCUGCUGCGCUGGCACCAUCAUCCGUCAUUUCUCUUUCGGAAACCCCUGUUGAUGCUAUGGCCAUCAGCUUCUACAAAAUGUUCGGUUACCCGACGGGCGUCGGGGCCCUCAUUGUCAAGGAGUCGUUCUUAGGGAUCUUGGAACGCCCAUGGUUCGCUGGAGGAACCGUCGAUGUCGUUCAGGUGCCUGGUUCGAUUUUUACUAGAGCGAGCAAUCUUCACGAACAGUUUGAGGAUGGAACCAUCAAUUACAUGACGUUACCUGCGGUCACAGACGGUCUGCGAUUUCUCUCGGCAUAUCUUCCAUUCCUCCCUCUCCGCCUCUCAUGUCUUACCCACUACCUUGCCACCUCACUCUCUCUAUUGAGACACGAUUCGUCCGGAACCCCUGUCGUCAAUAUUUUAUCCAGGCUUCCUUCGAGAAGACUCAAGUCUGUUGGAGAACAGGGUGACACCGGGUCUACGAUCUCUCUUAUCUUCCUCUCGCCUUCAGGAGAGAUGAUCCCCAACAGCUUUGUUGAACAUGUUGCAGUGUCCCGGAACAUUUCUCUUCGCACAGGCUGCAUGUGCAAUCCCGGGGGUGCAGCCACAUUACUGGGUGUUCAAGACCAGAUGGAGCGACUGUAUCCAGGUGUUACGCUCAAAGACUUUGAGCGGGUCGUUGGCCGUGAGCUCGGUGUUGUGCGGAUUAGUCUAGGACUCGCAAGCAAUUUCCAGGAUGUGUGGAAAAUUGUGAUGUUCGCUUCAUCCUUGGCAGAUAGCCGCACGCGACAGGCACUCUGGGAUGCUUGGACAAACGUUCCUAUCGGACAAGCUAUGUAAGUACGCCAGCGUUACCACCGGAUAUCUGGGCAUGCGGAAGAGAAAAUCCCCAUUGGAAAAAUAGAGCCAACAAAAGCGGAGCAUUUCUGGUUGGAACUUGUAUAUCUUUUUUCUUGGAUAUUUCUCGCACCCCAUUUCGUCGCACAUUCACGGCCCAUCUCUUUCAUCACGGAUCACUUGUAUAGCAUAGCAUCAUCUCAUUGUACUAUUGUACGCGACUUUCUACAUUUGUCCCUCGCUGGUCGGAUCUCUUAUUCUACGUCUUCUCAUUGCUAUCUUCCUUAGUGUAAGUACCAUAAUAUCUGAAUGAUGGGACAACUCGCACACUCCCCUUAU